AUGUUGAUUUUAUGCAUCGACUUCUCUUCAACUUAUCGGCUAUGGAUCAAUUUUCGAAGUUAUUUAAUUAUGUUUCCUAGAAUGCGUGCAUAUAAACAGAGGCUUUAUCUUAUAAGAUCUAGGUUAAAUUUGGAUUGUCUGUCAGUUUCAAAACUUCUACACAUCGAUAUUGUUCAGAACAAGAAACUUAACAUCAUCAACAGUCAUCCUUGGCGGGUCGAGAGAUCUCAUUCGAUGCUGCAGUUUUGCAAUUCAACAUUUUUUCCUUAUGCCUCAAUUAAUGAAGCAACACGUUGUUGCCUAGAGCUGAAACGCACUCUUACAUUCAACAACACGAAUGCUUAA